UACCGGAGGGCGUGGGCGCUGCGCAUGCGCAGUGACGGCAAGGAGCGGCGGGACGCGUUGCCAUGGUGACGGCAGCCGCCAUGGGGCAGGAGCGAGGGGAGAGCGGCGCUUGGGAGCAGCAGCUGAGGGCGGCCAAGAAGACGGCGCUGCUGGAGGGCGGCAGGCGAAGGAUCCACUACUCGUUUGAAGAUGGCCGCGAGAUGAUUGAGGAAUACGAUGUCAUCACAGAGCUGCUGAUGUUAGAUGGCCUUGCCGGGGGUUCGGUUCGUUGCGGACUUUCACCUGUUUGGGAUUGCGGGAUCGAGAUAAGGCGACAUAGAGCUGCUGGCCGUGCGAGAAGACCGCUGUCUGCAGAUCGAUUCCAACUGCGUAGGUGGCGUGUGCGCUCUAUGCUCGGGGCGCCCUGGGCCUGGGAGACAGAGGUGGGGGAGCCCGGCCCAUCGCCAUCAUCAGUCGACACGCUCAAGGAGAGCGCAGCCGCUCCCGUGUGUGUUCGCGGGGAGACACGGGAGGAGCUAUGGUGGCGUGUGAGGAAUGUGCCCUAUCCUCAACACGUGUUCUCCGUGUGUGUAGACAGCACCAACAAUAACCUCGUGAUCAGCACCUCCAACCACAAGUACUAUAAGCGACUCUCCAUCCCAGAUCUGGAUCGCUUGGAGUUGCUACUAGACCCAGAGGCCGUGUCCUUCAGUCAUAAGAACCACACACUCAUUGUGAAGUACCAAAAGCCAGCUCGGCUGCUGGAUCACGAGAAGUGUGUGCGGAGAGAGAUCUGCACCCUGAGCUCUGAGGGGAACACUGAGGACAAGCCGCAGUGCAACACACAGUGAUGUCUUACCACAGAGUAGCACACAGUGCAACACACAGUAUAAUAAUUUCAUUUUAUAUUGCGUCAUGCAUCCCAACAGCAUCCUAAAAUGCUGUACAAUUAUACAUAAAUACCAAUCCCAUAUAUGCGGUUAGCUACACACAGCGCGAAAGAAGCCAACACAUACUAAGCAAAUGAAAACCCUACUACUAAGCAAAAGCAAAAAUAAAAAAAAUUAAGAAAUGGCACCAAAACAAAAAGUACAAACCAAAAGCUAUCACAAUUCAUAAAUAAUACAGCGAUGUCUCACGACAGUGCAGUCAACACUAGACAGACAAAAACCCCCGGUAUAGCCUUAACAGACGAGACAAGUGUUGUUGGCAAGCACAGACGAAGGCCGGCACGGCACACGAGGUGGUGGGUGGCCAGUACCAUGCCCACCUUUGUCUACCCAGUGGCAAUGUUUACACACCGCACCAGGUAGUCAUUUGAGGCUGAGUCGACCCAGGGGAUGUCCAGACCAGUUCAUAUAAUCGUGACUGGUGUUUAUCGUGAGUGGGAAAUGAACCUCGGUUGCUGGGUUCAUAGCGCAACGCGUUAACCGCUACACUACUGCUCCCCCACACAGUGUAAUACAUAGUGACGUCUCACCAGUGCGACAAUGCUAUACACUGCAACACACAGUGCCAUCUCACCACAGUGCAACGGUGGGAACUGCACCGUGAAUUCCAAUAAAGAAAAUCUACCUCU